AUGGCCAACAAAGAAGGCUUCAAUCACAAUAAUCUGGACAUUGUUUUCAAGUUACACAAAACACAACGAUACAUAGAUAUUAUGAACAAAGUCGAGGAUGACCUUGACCCAAUAUAUACAUAUACUUCUAUUAUGAAAGAACUUGAGGAUUUCGAUCAUGUUCUAAUUAACAGAAAAAAAUCAUCAGAGACAGGGUCGGUUUUGAAAGAUGAUUCAAAGUACCACCAAAUGGUUCUCGAAUGUAACACAUUGUUAGGCGACAUAGAAAAAGAGAUAGGCAAUGUCCAUAAUUUCAUUCGUGAUGAAUGCCGCCUCAAGUUUCCUGAACUCGAGUCACAAGUCCAUGACCCGUUCCUUUAUGCACGAGCGGUCAAGUAUACAGGGAAUCAUGUAUACUUUCCUUCCAUUAAACGUCGUCUCCCUGAGGAAGUUUUUCAAAAGGUCUUUCAAGCGUGUGAUUUGGUGCUUACAUUGGACACAUCCAAAAAUAAACUUUUAGAAUAUGUGACACGAAGAAUGGUGUAUGUUGCACCGAACCUUUGUGGUGUUGUUGGGAGAGAAGUAGCGGCAAAACUUAUGGUCGCGGCUGGAAGUCUUGAGUCAUUAGCUGAUAUGCCGGCUAGUGAUGUUCAGCUUCUAGGUACCGAAAAUAACAUAAGCUUGUUAUCUAGUCAUUAUUCUAAUAAGUUCGGUGUUGCUUACAUUGAAGAAACAGAUGUUUUUAAGACGGCACGUCGUGAUAUGAAGAUGCUUGUUAGUCGGCAUUUGGCUGAAAAAUCAGUUAUUGCGGCACGAAUAGACUCUGCUAGAGAUGAUCCAUCCGGAAGUUAUGGAAGAACAUGCCUGCAAGAAUUUCGAAACAAGAAUAUUGAUCUCUUUUAG